CCAUAGAGCUCAGUGCCUAGCUAGGCCUCCACCAGCCACUUCCGCCCGUCAGCCUAAUACCGCGCCUGCGCACCGCUUCUCUUCCUCUCUGGGCUCGGACCGGCAACAUGGCCAAACGUACCAAGAAGGUUGGGAUCGUCGGUAAAUACGGGACCCGCUAUGGGGCCUCCCUCCGGAAAAUGGUGAAGAAAAUUGAAAUCAGCCAGCAUGCCAAGUACACUUGCUCUUUCUGUGGCAAAACCAAGAUGAAGAGACGAGCUGUGGGCAUCUGGCACUGUGGUUCCUGCAUGAAGACAGUGGCUGGCGGUGCGUGGACGUACAAUACCACUUCCGCUGUCACAGUAAAGUCCGCCAUCAGAAGACUGAAGGAAUUGAAAGACCAGUAGACGCUCCUCUACUCUUUGAGACAUCACUGGCCUAUAAUAAAUGGGUUAAUUUAUGUAAUAAAAU